AUGUUGUCUACAGUACUGGUCAGUGACCUUCCUCCCAACUGCGAGUCAUCCUGUAUGUUCACCGAGCUACGUUUGCAAGAAGAUGAGAUCGAAGAAGUCUACACGGGAGCGGGAGGAGGUGAGACAGCCUGGAUAGUCUUCAAGACCCGCGCGCUCGCCGCAAAAUUCGAGAAGGACCACAAAAGCUACCACUUCGAGCGAACAGGCCAGAAGAUGACGACUUCGUUCUGGACCGAAGCCAUCCCUGACCACGCCACCGACCACUAUUCAGACUUCGUCUUUGAGUGGGAUAACCAAAUACUGUGGCGCACCGUUGAGAUCACCGGCUUUCCGAAGAACCACACCAUGCUGCGCAUAAAUGAGUUGCUAGAGCCGGUGCGAGAACAGUACUUUGAGGCCAUCAACCAUAGCCUAGACCCGACCGACUACGACUACUACCAACCCAUUAAUAUCAUCCCCGACAAAACUUCGGAACCAGGAAUUGGUCUUUUGCAACUUGCUCAGCCGUGGAUGGUAGUCAGCCUAGUACGCCGGUACGCGGGUACUUACUGGCAGAACGGCACACUCAACGCUCGGUGCGUUCCCGAUGAAAAGAUGGAGGAUCUGCUUGUCAAUGAGCCUAGCGCUACGGACGCGAUGUUUUUCGUUUCAGGCCUGAAAGUCGGUAAGUCAUCGACGGAGGUACGUGAGAUCCUCAAGGACUUUCCCAUUCGCGACGUCAAUAUGCCUCCAGGUGGCAAGACGUUCUGCUUCGUCUUCGCGCAGCAAGCGCACGCAAAUUUGAUCCUCGCGCGGUUUAAAAAUGGCGUGAAAUGGCAAGGUCGCACCAUUGGGAUAAGCUUGUCAAACAAAGACAAGAGGGAGAAAGACGCCGAGUUUGAGAGGGCCGUAGGUAUUCCCGCACGUGUGCCUGCUGCCUCGCCACCGCCUGGUAGUAUCACAUAUCUGAAACUCAACAACCUUCCGUAUGAUGUUGCAGAUUCCAAUAUCCGCAUCCUGUUUGAAGGCUUCAUGCUAUACGAGGUCAUUGUCAAAGAGGGCUUUGCUUUCGUGGGUAUACUGACAAAUCAGGUUGGCCGCGCGAUCGAUAAGCUGAAUAACUCGAUGGUUGGUGGUCGACAGAUCAAGGUCAAGGUUGCUGAGCGCCGGAAGCAGUGA